CCGUUGUCGCGUUGGGCCGUUGGCUGACCACCGAGUGCUAGAGCUCUCGUUGUUGGAGCAACGAUUGACAGGACGCGACUGUGGCAGAGCCGCCGGAAUGAUCCUCUGCCGCUUUCCCUUUGGGCUCUAGCUCCCUGCAUCGUCCCUGUCAGUCCUCCAUGGUGUCGAUGGCCCUGCGGCUUGUGGCAGUUCUGGCCUCUGUGAGAGCAUGGAACCUUCCGAGCAAUCCAGCUGCAGUUGCAUUGCUUCACGAUGCACACGCCCAAAGAAAUGUGGACAUCGCGAAUGCCACAGCGUUGUACGCUGCCGUGGUGACCAUGGGCGACUGGGCAGCGACUGGCGACGCCCUCUUUGCCCUCGGUGAGCUCUCUUUUCCUGGAGAAGGUAGCGUCGACUACAUCCUACGCAGUGCCCGGCUCGGAAACCCCAGUGCCCAACACCUCCUCGCACUCAUGCAUGCCGUCGGGUUCCCGCAUCCAGAAGUGAAACAAAGCACAGCUACGGCUGUUGUGUAUGACCACUUUGCCUCCACAGCUGGCCACGGACCCGCGUCCAAAUCUCUUGGCUACCGCGCAAUGUUUAGUCAAGGAGUCCCGCGGUCAUGUGCUCACGCUCUGGUCUACUACAAGCGAGCCGCGUCGAUUGCAGCGUCGACCCAUGACAUCCACUCCCACAUCCCGACGUAUCCACGGUUGCCUGAGCUUCUAGACGCACCCUCAGCGCAUUCGACAAGACAAGAUUUCGACAAGCUGCUCUUCCUCGCUUCUGCUGCAACUAAGACGAGGAACGGUGCGACUCUGCACCGCAUCGCCAAGCUAUUGCUUGCCCAACAGACACCACCACCCGACUAUAAGUUUGUGCGAAAGCUACUGCAUCAAGCGUUCGAAUGGGGCCACCUCGCCGCAGCAGCCCAGCUGGGCCGUCUGCACUCGCACGGGUGGGGGGUACCCAUCAACACGACUCGAGCGCGAGACUUUUUUCUCAUGGCACCAGAAAAUGACGCGGAGGCUUUGCAUGGCCUGGGACUGCUCAACCUUGAAGCUGGCAUGUAUGACGGCCGCCUCGCAUUGCACUACUUUCAAGCGGCGUCGAAGUUAGGUCACUUGAAUUCCAUCUACUACGCUGCAACGCUGCUGACUGCGAUUGCCCCUCAGCAGUCUCGGCGGUACUUUGAAGCGGCUUCCAAGUCUGGCCACGUUCUCGCAACCUUCAAGUUCGCCGAAAUCAUGGAGCGGUCGAAUGAAAUCACAACACCAUUUGAGGCGAAAUGUACGGCGGUCGUGGCGCUCUACAAACGUGUGGCGGAGAGCGUCGCUGUGCCACUUAUGGAUACGGCGCUGGCCAAGUUUCAAACCAGAGACUACACGGCGGCAUACUACCUGUAUCGACUGGCGGCGGAAGAAGGAAGCGAAGUUGCCCAAACGAACGCAGCCUUCUUGAUUCAACGGGGUUACGUCACUGAGCCAAGUACGAUGUUCUGGUAGAUUUUGUUGUUCCACUGACGGCUUCCGAAUCUGUGGCUAGAUGUCGACGUCUCGCGGUGGCUGCUACGGCAUGCUGCGCGCCAAGGCUCGGCCUACGCCCAACUUGAACUGGCACUUGCGUCGUACGCCAAUGCCGACUACGCGGAAGCCAUGGCCCUGUACUCCGACUUGGUGUCGCAGACCAAGUUUCUAUCGUCCACCACGGCCUAUGUGUUUGUCUCGCCGGCGCUCUUCACUGUGGGAUACAUGUACGAAAUGGGCUACGGCGUGCCACAGGAUCGGAGGAAAGCGCUGGAGCACUACACCCGAUUAAGUCAAGUUGAGCGACGAGUGCACUUGCCCGUCGCAUUGUGGAAGUGGAAGUGGUGGUUCCAAGACGCCAUGGCGCAUGUCGUCGAGUGUGUGUUGUCAAUCAAGGCCAAUUCGCUCCAGCACUACCGUCCAGAGCUCUCAAGAGUGCACCGUGUCCAUCAUGGGACGAUUUCACCAGCGAACGUUGUUCACAUUGCAUCCAUGUGUGUUUAUAUGCGUCAUUCGCGUCAUUCGAAUCGCCAUGGGCGCGACACCAGCUCACCACGGCAGAACCGCCACGCAAUUAACGAGCUCAUUUAACCUUUUGCGUGCA